GUUGAGUUCCGUGAUAAAUAUUGAUCAUUUGUCAUCUAAAGCCGUAGGCGGUGCAGAGCUCAAUUCAGUACUAUAUUAGAAGGCAGUUCCUUGAUGCAAGGGCUGUGUAGGCGUACAUGAUUUGCAGCGAGAGCUUUAUUCAACCAGACCUAGUUGAUUGGAAUUAGGUGCGUGUAGAUUGACUGUUUGUUUCCGAAUCAGAGCUGAUUGUUUCUGUGUUCGGUCGGGUUCUACCAGCAGUUAGUGAUGGCGGAGUGCGGGCGGAAGGCGCUGUCCCUCCUGGAGGCGGCCCGCUCCCGCUACGAAAGCUUGCAGAUUUCUGAUGAUGUUUUUGGAGAAUCUGCAGAUGACAGCAGCGAAAACCCCUUCUACAGUACCUCGGGGGACUCCAACUCUGAGAACUACACCUCGGAGAGCAAUGGAGAUGAGCAGAGGUCUGACGACAUGGCUGGCAAUGAAUUAGGAGGACCCCCCGGCUCGGUGUCAAACAUCCAGGCUGAGGAAGAGGGCUGGACUGAUACCCUGCGAGAAAUCAUCGUGCCGCCUUUCAAGGAUACCUGUGGUCCAGCUCAAAAGAUGCCAGCCACUGCAAGUGCCAUAGACUUUUUUCAGCUCUUUGUCCCUGAUAAUGUGAUACAGAAUAUGGUAACUCAAACAAACAUGUAUGCAAAGAAGUUCCAGGAGAGAUUUGGGAGUGAUGAAGGAUGGUGCAAUGUCACCCUGUCUGAGAUGAAAGCCUUCUUGGGUUAUGUUACCUCAACAAGUAUUCACCGCUGCGAGUCUGUCCUCAGCAUCUGGAGCAGUGGAUUUUAUAGCAACAAGAGCAUCGCCCUAAUCAUGACCCAGUCCAGGUUCGAGAAGAUCCUCAAAUACUUCCAUAUCGUAGCUUUCCGAUCCAGCCAGACCAGCAGUGGUCUUUAUAAGAUUCAACCUUUUUUGGAUUCACUGCAGCAAUUGUUAGAAUGUUCUUUUAGGCCUUCACAAACCCAGGUGCUACAUGAACCAUUGAUUGAUGAGGAUCCUGUUUUUAUUACCACAUGUACAGAACGUGAAUUACGAAAAAGGAAAAAGCGAAAGUUCAGUCUUUGGGUGAGGCAGUGCACUGCUACCGGUUUUAUUUGCCAGGUUUACGUUCACUUGAAAGAAGGGGCUGGUCCUGACAGUUUAGACGCAUUAAAGAACAAACCGCAGCUGCACAGUUUAGUUGCAAAGCAGCUCUGUCAGAAUCUUUCUGGGAAGAAUUCUAUCAUUUUCACCGGACCAAGCAUCACCAGCCUCAACCUGUUUGAAGAGUUUGAGAAAAAAGAUAUAUACUGCUGUGGGCUUCUCAGCUCAAGGAAAAGUGACUGCACAGGCCUUCCACAGUCCAUGUUAACAAACCAUGAUGCCCCACAGAGAAGAGGACAGUACAAAACCAAGAUGAAAGGAAACAUGUCCUUGAUCUGCUGGUAUAAUAAAGGCCAUUUCCGCUUUCUCACCAAUGCUUACUCUCCAAGCAAACAAGGAGUGAUAAUCAAGAGGAAAAGUGGUGAAGUCCCCUGUCCUUUAGCAGUAGAAGCCUUUGCAGCACAUCUGAGCUACAUCUGCAAAUAUGAUGACAAGUACAGCAAGUACUUCAUUUUCCACAAACCCAACAAGACUUGGCAACAAGUAUUUUGGUUGACAAUAAGCAUAGUUAUAAAUAACGCCUAUAUCCUGUACAAGAUGUCUGAUGCCUAUCACAUGAAGCGCUACAGCAGAGCACAGUUUGGUGAGAGACUUGUAAGAGAACUGUUGGGUUUAGAGGAGUGCUCCCCCACCCAAUGAUGCAAUGAUGUGCACUCCCAUGCAUUUGUGAAGAAAGAGGUACUUGCAUUUGUUGGAAAGCUCCAAAAGACUCUGGGCAAAUUGUAAAGGUGUCAACAUCACCAGGACUGAUGAAUGCAGCUCUUCCAAACUUGAUAACACUUGUCAUUCUCUGUGCAGUAUUGCAGGAUACAAGAUAACCAUAUGUUUCGAUAAUCUCAGUAUGUAGGUUGCAUGGUGAAAAGUAAAACCCAAAUAUGUCUUUUUCCAAAUUUUUUUUUUUGUUUGUUUAUAUAUUUUAAAAAAUCACAUUCAAGUCUUUUUUGUUAUUAUUUGUACUAUACACUUUUAAAAUGCAAGUAAAAAAUUGUUUGGGUUUUGUGACUACCCAUAGUGAAAGGGCACGUAGCAAUAUAUGUCUGUAUAUGUAAAUGAAUGCACAUACUAUAUAUCCAUAUCAAAUCUGUUGUGUGGUAUGAAAGGGCAGAUAAACAUGUGUGAAAGUAGUGGAACAACGUAUUCAGCACACAGUAAAUAUAUAUGCAGUAACAAUUUAUAUACGCAUUGUGUACUUUUCCGUUAGCUGGUGGGUUAAGACAAUCAUAACCUUCUGCACCACUGUCCCUUUACCAGAGCUGAUAAGCCAUUCACAAAUGCCAUAAGUACCAUCUGCUAAAAACAAAGAAUUUCAGACUUGUGUAUUGUAUGUAAUGCUGUUGUUUAAAUGUGAGGUGGGUAUAAAGCAGUUAAUGGUUUGCCUGACCAGUUUACUUGAUGUGACCCGUUCUGUCAUCGACCUAAAUGUACUGAAAGUACCUGUAUGCAGUCAGCUUUUUUGCAUACACGUGUCAUUUUCGCUUCCUUCUGUUCACUUUGAAUUGGGCUCACAGCUAUUAUUAUUCUGAAAGGAGAUUUUAAAGUUGCUUAAAGGUGCCCCAGCGACAAAGCUUUUCAUUUUGAUUCUAAUCCCAAAGGCAUUGUGUGGUGUUGAGCUAAAUUCAAUAUGACCCUGAUAUCUUUUUAAGAAAUAAAAUUAACUGAACUGUUUGUUUUAAAGCCAGUAACAGUGAAGUUAACAUAAAGACUCAAAAGUUAGUCUAAGUUGUUUUACUACAUUUGUAUCACUUAUUGUGCAGUACAGAGAAACAAAGGCUUUUAUAAAUCAGGCAUUCACACAGACUUUUUUUCAUAGUCUCCACAGUUAAAACCAAUUGCAGGCCUGUUGCCACUCCAUGUUUUUUGACAGUGAGGUUUGGUGGAGGCUUGUUUGUGAAUUGCGCAGUGUACCACCAGUGGAGUAAUUGCUGUCUGACAAUGCAUGCAAGUAUAUUUCUGUUUCUCAAAAAGCUCAUGUUGUACACCCUCAACUUUAUUUUUAUUUCUUUACUGAAGUAAAACUGAGUAUGUUUCAAGUAUAUAUCGAUUCCUGAUCAAAAAUGUGACAAACACAUUCUGCACAGUCACUGUCCGCAUUUCUGUUUGGCAAAACUGAUCUGAGCCUGCUGGGUACAUUUUAGUACUGCCUCAGUGUGCUCAAAAUGUGUAUAGCUGAAUGUAAAACAUUUCAACAAUGUUUCCUGUCUUCAGUCUAUCUUUGGAUUAAUCUGGAAGUGAAAACAGUCUGGAAGGAUUCCAGUUUAAAUGUGCAUUGCCCUAAUAUUAAUUGAAGUAGUGCAUGUUUCUGGAAUAUAAUACAACAUAGGAAUGAAUCUGACCCCAAAGUCUUAAUUUAGUGUUUCAUGAAACCCUAACUCUUACAUGCUAUAUGCUAAACUUGCCAAUGUAUGUAAGCAACAUACUUCCCCCACAUAAAAUAUAAAGGACACACAAUUAUUGACCCUGAAUUUAUUCCUCCUGUGGACAACUUUCCAUGCAGUGUUUGAUAAAUUCCACUGAAAUGUCAAAUCUGUUAUAAAAUAUUAAGUCUAAUUGUUAAUAAAAUCCUCCUGCCUCGUAAACAACAAAAGUAAAAGUAAAUGAGGAGAGUUGGAUCAGAAGCCAUAAAUGUUCAGUUCCAUCAGUGACCAAUAAUUCAGGGUUCACUGCAAUUUAACUUCUGUCCUGAAUACAUGCUUUUUAAAGCUUAAAAAUAUGGAACAUUUUUCAAUGUAAAGGUUCAAUAAAACAAACCUUUCUGAUACGCUUUGCUUUGGAGAAUACAGUCCAAGAUAGAUGCUUGCCUGGAGAAUGUGAGUAUGAGCCUGUUUUUUCAAAGUGGAUCAAUCGCCUGUGUAACACAUUUACUAUUGAGGGGGCAAUUUACCUGUGUACAGUCCUGAGCCUGUCGCCUCGGCCCCGCUGACCCAUCCGGGCUCCAGAAUGGUAGCAGCACAUUCUUCUUACUGUUUUAUUACUGCCGCACGACUUAGUUUGUUUUGUCUACAUUCAUUAUGGCAGCAUAGAUUCACAACGUCUUCUCAUUCUGGCUUGCAAUUGACCUUACGCUGGUGACGUCACUCUACCAAUCACAGCGCUAGCUCAAAGCACAUGUGUCCGUGGUCCGACAAACAAACGAUGAAGUGCCAUAGAAGUACAUUAAGACACCACUCAGACUAUCAAUUAAAUCGUUGAUCAUAUCUAUAAAAUGGUAAAAAGAUGUGCCUGGGGUACCUGCAACUCAGACACAAGGUAUCUCGAGAGAAUUCAUGGGGUGAAGUUCGUCCCUUUUCCGAAACCAAGGACGCAAAAAGAAAAACGCCAACUUUGGAUUAAGCUUUGCAGCCGACUUCAUGACCAGCUGAACGUAAAUAAAGUUCAUGGGAACAAGCAUUUAUUUGUCUGCACUAAGGUAAAAAUAUAUGUAUUUAUUAGACAUCCAAAAAUUAUAAAAUUAUUUUAAAGUCUGUAACUUUACAGAAAUGUAAAUUACUACACAAGUCCCCAAAGUUCUUAGGGGAAAAAAAAAAAAAAAUUGUCUUUAAAAAAUAAUAUAUCAAUAAAUAAAUAGAUUAAGGCACAUAUUCCUGGUGUCCUUUCAUUUAGGUAGAUGGAUAUUUUAAAAUAUUGUACUGAAAAUGUGAUCUCUUAAUAUGACAAAUUGUCACUGUACAAUAAGAACAAACUUAAAAAGUUAUAAGGAUUACAGUAUUGCAUAAGAAAGUG